AUGACUGCUGAUGGAUAUCCUUUGGUUGGUCCAUUUGACAAGAACUACUGGGUUCCUAUUGGCUUCCCUGAUGGUGUAAGUAGCGGCGGUGGGAUAGGAAAGUAUAUUGCUGAUUGGAUGGUUGACGGAGAACCCGCGCCGAAGAGCUGUUUGAUACUGACGCAAGUUAAGAUAAUCAUUCACAGUUUAUACUGGAAAAGAGCAAAGAGACUUACUCGAUGUAUUAUAAUUGGUCUUACACUAAUCGUCAUGCUGGUACGCCUACGGAUCGCGUUAGUGGCCUUUACGGUCGGUUUAAGACGGAUAAAGCGCAAUGGAUGGGAGAUCAGUCUUCGGUUGCCAAUCAUGUCGAAUUGCACAACGUAUUCUUAUUGGGUAGCCCAAGCAUUCGACAUCGAAGAGGAAGGCAUGUUAUCUACGCUCAAUCGGGAGUAUCAGAUGGUAACGAACAAAUGCGGUGUAGUUGACAUGUCUUGGAAGGGAAAGAUUGAAGUAAAAGGAUGCUGA